AUGGUGCAGUCCGCCGCGUGCCCGAUGGCGCUGAAGCGCACGGCUGCGGCCGCGCCUGCCGGCGUCUUGGGGCGUAGACGCGCCGUUGCACGGCCGGCGCGCGCCACGGCGGAAGGGUUGGUACAGCCGUCGACUGUCGAGCUGGGAGCGCGUCUGCGGGAGGAUUUCCCCAUUCUCCACCAGGAGGUGAACGGGAAGCCGCUCGUGUACCUGGACAACGCAGCCACGAGCCAGAAGCCCACGCAGGUGUUCGAGGCCAUGAGCGAGUACUACAAGACCGACAACAGCAACGUUCACAGGGGUGUGCACGCCCUGGCGGCGCGCGCGACGGCCUCGUACGAGGGCGCGCGGGCCAAGGUUGCGGCCUUCGUCAACGCGCCGACGGACCGCGAAAUCGUGUUCACGCGCGGCGCGACGGAGGCCAUCAACCUCGUCGCCAACACCUGGGGCGCGGCGCACCUCGGGCCCGGCGACGAGGUCGUUCUGACGGUCAUGGAGCACCACAGCAACCUAGUGCCGUGGCAGCUCCUCGCGCAGCGCACGGGCUGCGUGCUCAAGUUCUGCCGCAUCACCGAGACGCAGGAGCUCGACAUGGACCACAUGCGCGAGCUCAUCGUGCCAGGAAAGACCAAGCUCGUCGCGUGUGUCCACGUCUCCAACAUGCUGGGCUGCGUCAACCCCGUGGAGGACAUCGCGGACAUGGCGCACGAGGCGGGCGCGAAGCUGCUGGUCGACGCGUGCCAGUCGGUGCCGCACAUGCCCGUCGACGUGCAGGCGCUCCGCGCAGACUGGCUGGUUGCGUCUGCGCACAAAAUGUGCGGGCCGACGGGCAUCGGGUUCCUCUGGGGGUCGACGGAGACGCUCGAGUCGAUGCCGCCGUGGCAGGGCGGCGGCGAGAUGAUUCAGGACGUCUUCCUGGACCACUCGACCUUCUCUGCGCCGCCAGCGCGGUUCGAGGCCGGGACGCCGGCGAUCGCCGAGGCGAUCGGGUUCGGCGCGGCGUGCGACUACAUGACGAAGCUCGACAUGGCCCGCGUGCACGACUUCGAGCAGGAGAUCGGCGCGUACCUGUACGAGCGCCUGUCGGGCGUGGAGGGCGUGACCAUCUACGGACCCCCCCCCGACGCCCCGCGCGGGCGCGCCUCGCUGUGCUCGUUCAACGUCGAGGGCCUGCACGCCACGGACGUCAGCACGCUGCUCGACGCGUCCGGCCUGGCGGUGCGGAGCGGGCACCACUGCACGCAGCCCUUGCAUCGGGAGCUGGGUGUGCCGGCGUCGGCGCGGGCGUCGCUGUACGUGUACAACACGCGCGAGGAGGUCGACAUGUUCGUGGACGGGCUCAAGGAGGCCGUGAGCUUCUUCCGCGAGCUUGGCAUGUAG